AUGGGGGAGGAGCUUGUGGACGUGUACGAGCUGGGUGCAGAGGACUACCUGGAGGCGUGGCUUGGUAGCGGCGAGGAGGACGAGGGCGAGGACGACGAGGACUGGUGCGAGGCGGGCGAACACGAGCGGACCAUCAAGUUGUUCCAGACGUGUCUGUUGGCCGCCAUCUUCCUUUUAGGCAUGGCGGGAAACGCGGCGGUGAUGGCGACGUUGGCGGCGCAGCGCCGCCUGCGCCGCACGACGGACAUCUUCCUGUCGCAGCUGGCGCUGGCCGACGUGCUGCUGCUGCUCACGCUGCCGCUGCAGGUGGUGGAUGCCCACCUGGGCUGGGUCUUCUCGGCGGCGGCGUGCAAGGCGGUGCGCGCCUGCUACGCCGUCAACACGUACAGCGGCCUGCUGCAGCUGGCGUGCGUGAGCGUGGAUCGCUACGUGGCCGUCGCCCGGCCGCAGGACAAGCUGCGUCUGCAUUCUCGGAUGCUGGUGGGCGGGAAGAUGGUGGCGGCGGGGGUGUGGCUGGUGGCGGCGCUCCUCAGCCUGCCCGAGGUCUUGUUCUCCGGCGUGUCGGGCUCGGGCGGCGACGCCUACUGCGGCAUGCUGACUGGCGCCAAAGGGAAAAUGGCCGCCGACGGAGCGGUCACCGCCGUCUUCGGACUCUCCCUAUACUGA